AUGCUGAAUUGCAACUUACAAGCAAAUGUGGCAGAGUUGGAAGAAAGGCUUCGUAGCAGCCACAGAUGCUUCCGAUGCGGCAAACAGUAUCAUACAGCAAAGGUCUGCCGAUCAUUUCGUAGCCUCAAAUGCAGAAAAUGUAAUGGACGACACUUAACUGUGCUGUGCAAGCAGAAGAGUACAGUACCAAGGUAUGGAGGGACGGUACUCGCAAGUGGCACGUGGCAACGUACAGGUUUGCGACAGGACAUAGUCCUGCUGCAGACUGCGCAAGUAGUCGUUUGCGCGGCCGGAGGAAAGGAGAAGUGCGUCCGUAUCCUCAUAGAUGGGGGAAGUUUCGUUAAGCGAGCACUGUCCAAGAAGUUGCAAUUACCGACUGUUGGGAAAGAGCAUUUGGUCAUCAAUACGGUAGGCAAGGCCGGAACCGAAUCGUUGCAUCGUAGAGUGAAAGUCAGGCUUCGGUCGCAGUAUACUUCCGAGGAAGUUUGCAUUGAAGCUCUUGAGAUACCAGAAAUCUGCAUCGGCAAUCUUCCUAAUAUUGACCGGAAAUCUCUUGCUCAGCUGAAGUCCGAGGGAAUGUCUUUAGCAGAUGAAGCUACGUUCGCUGACGCGUCACCUGAAAUACUGAUACUUGUAGGAGCAGAUUUCUAUGGGUCCGUUGUAGCAGGGAGACAAGUACGAGUUCGUGACAAUCUCAUCGGUAUGGAAACCAUUUUCGGAUGGACUCUACAAGGCCCUACGGGAAAGCAAUCAGGUUACGAGUCUAACGCUCUACAUGUGCAAGUGUCCAGCGUUAACCACGACGAGGUCUCCAAUGCGCUGCAGUCUUUCUGGGAGUUAGAGCACCUUGGUAUUGUUGACAGUGAAGAGUCGGAGGGCAAGAAGCAUGAAGUUUUCCAGAGGUUUCAGGACACAACCAGAUUUGAAGAUGGUCGUUAUACAGUGCGCCUGCCGUGGAAUGAAGACCUCGUCUCACGACUGGGAAACAACAAAGCUGUAGCGGAGCAGCGUUUACGCAGCGCCACCCGUACUCUUUUGAGAGAUCAAGAUGUCAUGAACGAAUACGAUCAGGUGAUACGACAGUAUCUCAUUAACGGUCAUGCCGAGCGUAUUGAUGCAGCAUCACCAACACCUGUUGCUGCCCCGGAAUAUUACAUGCCACAUCAUGCAGUUAUCAGACGCGAGAGGGAGACUACGAAGGUUAGAAUUGUAUUCGACGCCUCAUCGAGUGCUCCGGGUUUUCUAUCCCUGAACCAAGUUCUGCACGCCGGUCCAAACUUGAACUCUGACAUCCUUUCUCUGCUCUUAAGGUUUCGAAUGCAUCGCAUAGGCAUGGUGGCAGACAUCGAGAAAGCUUUCUUGCAGAUUGCACUUCACAAACAGGAUACAGACGCUCUGCGCUUCUUAUGGUACACUUCGACGCCGAUCGCAGGACAGCCUCUACCGUCUAUUGAGACAUGGCGCAUGACACAAGUGCCAUUCGGAGCACGAUCUAGUCCGUUCCUGCUGUCCGCGACCAUUCAGCAUCAUUUACAGCAAGUAGAGAAGGAUUACUUGCAGACUGCUACGCUCUUGGAGCAAUCCUUUUACGUGGACGAUUUAGUGGUCAGUGUCAGCACCUCAGGAAAUGCCAGGACACUUCAUGAGGAAACUCUGAGCAUAUUCGAAGCGGCCGGCAUGAAGAUAAAGAAGUGGGUCACUAACGACGAGGCACUUCUACGAGAGAUGUUUAAAAAGGGGAACUCUACAACGGAGACUACACAGAAUCAGACUAAGAAGGUUUUGGGGGUCAUAUGGGAUCUUCAACAUGAUCAGUUACGAUGUUCAGUUGCGUCUGUCCUGGACUCCAUGACGGAAAAGGAGAGUGUCAAGAGACAUGUACUGCAGACCAUUUCCAGGAUUUACGACCCAUUUGGCCUGUUAGGACCCUUCACUAUUUCGGGCAAGAUCAUGCUCCAGAAGAUUUGGGAGGCAGGAUUGCAAUGGAAUGAUCAGUUACCUUCAGACAUCGAUGCAGAGUGGAGAGAGUGGUGCAAAGGAGUCGCGGAACUGCAGCACAUAUCUGUUCCUAGGGAGAUAGCGAGCAACUCAUUCGUCGACAGGCUGCGCAAGUUGCAUAUUUUCGCAGACGCCAGCCCAAGGGCAUAUGGUGCGGUAGUCUACCUCGAGCAUUUGUCCGACGACGGUUCUCGCGGCAUGGCAUUUCUACUUAGCAAAAGCAGAGUCUCACCUCUCAAGCGCCAGACACUUCCGAGGCUUGAACUCACAGCAGCUCUUCUUGCUGCCAGAUUAUAUCGCUUUGUAUCCACUGCUUUGCAGACAGAGUUCGAUUAUGUAUGUUGGACAGAUUCCUUAAUCACCUUGCAUUGGAUCAAGGGAUCGGCAUCCAGAUGGAAGACCUACGUGGCAAACCGGGUGCGCCAGAUACAUGAGCUGACUUCUCCUGAAAGAUGGCGUCAUUGUCCUGGUGAAGAGAAUCCGGCAGACUUUCUCACGAGAGGGAUUAAGGGGCAUGAGCUGCGUGACUGUGAAGUUUGGUGGAAAGGCCCACGAUGGCUGAGUCAGCCAGAUUUAUGGCCGCACACAGCAUUUCCAGAUCAUACUGAAGGAGACGAGGAAUGCUUGGACGCUCAGGUGGCAUUGGUCAGCUGCACGACACAUUUACUUUCACCCGAACGUUUCAGUAGUGCCAAUCGACUUCUUAGAGUCACCGCAUGGAUACUGCGCUACGUACACAACUCGAAGCGGUCAAACGUCAAGAAAACAGGUCCUCUCUCUACUGAAGAAAUGGCGUCAUCAGAGCUGUACUGGAUCAAGGCUACUCAGACAAAGCUACUUACAGAAAGGUCCUCUCAUCUCGAGAACUUCCGCCAUUACCAGGAUAACGAUGGACUACUGCGACUAGAGGGUCGUCUGCAGUGCUCUCAGCAGUCACAAGCAGCCAAGCAUCCCAUACUGUUGCCGCCAGCGUCAGAGGCUUGGUUCACGUUGCUUAUCAUACUCAGAGAGCACUUAAGGAUGUCCCACGCCGGUGUACAGGAAACUCUGCACCAGUUAAGAGAAGAAUUCUGGGUAAUCAAAGGUCGUCAGUCAGUGAAGUAUGCUCUUUAUCAAUGUCUUUUUUGUCGACGACUGAAGACACGCCCCUGCACAGAGCAGGAGGCACCCUUACCUGCCGAUAGGGUCACUCAGCAACUUGCGUUUGAAGUCGUUGGCGUAGAUUUUGCGGGGCCACUUUAUUACAGAACGGCCGAAGGGCAACGGAAAGCGUACGUGGCUCUUUUUACUUGCACAGUCACCAGGGCAAUUCAUCUUGAGCUCGUCUCCGACCAAUCCUUCGGGACCUUCCUUAUGGCCGUCAGACGCUUUGUAGCACGCCGAGGUUUGCCAAGGAAGGUCUAUUCAGAUAACUUCUUAACCUUUAAGAAAGCCGCUCGAGAGAUUCCUGCCUUGCUGGCGAAUCAGUUCCAAGCGGUACGUGAGUAUGCCACACAAGCACGAAUAACAUGGGAGUUUAUUGCCGAACGUGCCGCCUGGUGGGGAGGCUUCUGGGAGCGUAUGGUACGCUCAGUUAAAGAUGCUCUCAGAAGAACACUAGGUCGGAGUCAGCUAGACUUUCAACAGUUGCUGACCGUGUUAACAGAAGUCGAAGCGAUCGUCAACUCACGGCCAUUGACACAAAUGUCAGAAGAUCCUGGCGACACCCAAGCUUUGUCUCCGUCGCAUCUGAUAUUGGGGAAGCGACUCACGGCGUUGCCGCCAAUUAAGAGACGUCAGGCAGCGUGCGUAGACGCCGAACCGUUAGAGGUGCUGCAAGUAAAGGAAAGGCUCCUCACUGCAUACUGGAGGCAGUGGAACAAGGACUACUUGCUACAGCUUAGAUCUGCAAACCUGAGUCGACAUGCAACCUCCAACAGCGUUCAACCGCAUCAACUCGUACUACUGGCGGAUCAGCGGCAGCCAAGGAUGUUUUGGAAGCUAGCAAGGGUGCAGGAGCUUCAUACUGGACGUGAUGGACUUGUACGAUCGUGCACGCUCAAGACAGUCACUGGUUCCUUCAUCAGAAGACCAAUUCAGCUACUUCAUCCUCUUGAGGUCUAG